AUGCAUCCGCCAGCCGCGGCUGGACCGCUUGCAACGAUGCAAAUCCAGAGCAACAUACAGAGCGUCAACUCGAUUUUCGGCUGCAAUUCGUCCGGCCACAGCGGCAUCAACCAGCUCGGCGGCGUGUACGUAAACGGGCGGCCUCUGCCGGACUCGACGCGGCAAAAGAUCGUCGAGCUGGCGCACUCCGGUGCCCGGCCGUGUGACAUCUCACGCAUCCUGCAGGUGUCGAACGGGUGCGUCAGUAAAAUACUUGGCCGGUACUACGAGACGGGUUCGAUCAAGCCACGAGCGAUUGGUGGCAGCAAACCGCGAGUCGCAACAGCCGCAGUCGUAUCGAAGAUUGCGGAGUAUAAGGCGGAGUGUCCUAGUAUUUUCGCGUGGGAGAUACGGGAUCGCCUGCUGUCGGAAGGCACCUGCAACAACGAUAACAUCCCGAGCGUAUCGUCGAUCAAUCGCGUACUGCGCAACUUGGCCUCCAACAAGGAGACGUCGUCGCAGAGCAAUGAGACGGUGUACGAGAAGAUCAAGCUAUUCAACAACACCAGCGGUCACUGGACCUGGUGCCAGAACAUCGGUAGUGGCCAGUUCAACUUCUCCUCUCAUCCCAUCCCCCAUCUAUCGCUGAAAGCCUCCACCGAGCAACCAUCCAAGCCAGCCAACUGCUGCCUGGAGGAGAUGAGCGACAAGUACUCUUCGGAAGACGACGAAGACUCCGAGCUGCGACUGAAGCUGAAGCGGAAGCUGCAGCGCAACCGCACCUCGUUCACGAACGAGCAGAUCGAGAAUCUAGAAAGAGCAGAAUUUGAGCGCACUCACUACCCGGACGUAUUUGCCCGAGAGCGACUGUCGGAGCGGAUCCAGCUGCCAGAGGCACGCAUACAGGUAAUUUGGUACUACUGGGUGUACAUGCAGGUAAAUUACGAUCCCUUGAACCGACUGGUAACCGAUAGCAAAUCCCCAAAUGUGUGUUGACUAUUCCGAGAAUCGAUGCGAGUAGGUUUCGCUUGCCAGUUGGGUAAGUAGCGGCAAGCGAGUGUAGGAGUUUUCAGCCGAAUGGACUCAUGCAAAAUGCUGCCAGAUGUCAAACCAAUCCCACACCCGGAGACAGGCGCAUUCGUUCGAUUAGGUCACCAUGGUGCUGGCGGUCUAUUUUGGAUUCUCGGAAUCAAAAACGCCCCAACAGGCCCCAACGGUUCACAAAGGACCACCGCGCGUCAUGGAACACCUGAGGCGUUGUUUGGCCAUUGUUGAAUGUUGAGUACGAAAAUAAAUAU